AUGCAAAACUACCAAACCAAACACAUGUCUGCUCCAGAAAGUUCAUCCAACCCAACACCGGAUGCCCAAACUAGCAAUGGCAUCAAUAAAGCGGCCAGUUGGAACACGAAUUCCAGUGAGCAAGUUGUGCUGCACAAUACCCAAGAAUCAAAGGAAACAAGUGUAAAAGAAGGAAAGACAGCAUGGCACAUGGAGCGAUGGCUGAACGAGACGACCAAAGAGUCGACAUGGAGUGUAUAUGGGCGUCGUUUCUGA